GCGCAACCAGCGCAAGUUGAGCGCAAGGGCCGGAGAAUUUGUUUGUUUACUUUUUGCUUUUUGCUUUGCCCUUGCUGGUUGCUGCACGCCGGGUAUCGGAGAGGAACCUGGCACAGGAGUUGCCCUUUGCCCUAUUGGAACUUUCCCUAUUUGGAAAUUCACACACAAAAGUGAAUAAAUUCCGUGCAUAAGAAAUUAUUUUGCAAAAUGAAGCUUCUAACUCACAACAUGCUCUCUUCGCGAUGCAUAAAAGGAGUCUCCGUUGGUUACCCUCUUAAAAUUCUGGCCAAAAAUGUUAAACUGAUCAACUGUGAUUUUGACUCAGAAUUCACUGUGAGGAUUAUUCAAAAACUAGAUUGGAAUGCUCUCUGGGAGGCUGCAGAAAGUAUUGGUCAUAUCGGAGAUGUUCCUCGAAAUCUCUCAGACGUGGAAGAAUAUGAAAAAAAUGACGAAUUUCUUAAGAAGGUGCACCACAUAGUCUUGGAGGUUGAAGUCAUUGAGGGAGAACUGGAGUGCCCAGAAACUGGCAGAAAAUUCCCAAUUGAGGAUGGUGUACCAAAUAUGCUUUUAAAUGAAGAUGAGGUUUGAAUCCUACUUAAUAAAAUUCAUCAACCCUGGCGGCUGGCGCUGCUUUGAUUCAUUUUAAGUUUUCUUGCAAGCUGAAUAUUAUAUUUCCACACAAAAAAUCCAGAUAUCCAUAAUAUAUAAAAUGCAUUAUGCUCUUUGUUAUGAAUCUAUUGGUAAUAUGUAUUUCAAUUUCAAGUAAAUAAACUCAUAGACACAAAAUAAAUGUUCUAAGUAAAUUUUAAAACAUUUGAAUUUCAUAUCAUCGUUCCCUGUUAAUAUUAAAUAUUUAUAUCUUUCCUAUUAGAAAUAAACUCUUGCAAAAUAAUUAGAGUUAUUUUUUGACAAAUGGCAUGAGUGCUAGGAAAUGGUUAGUCAGUGAUAAUUAUUGUAAGGCUUAUUUAAGAGGUGUUUUAACAAAAGUACAUAUAAAUUUAAAUUUAUACAUUUUUCCAAAACUAUAAAUUUAUUUUUUGUUUACAAAUUUCAUUUAUUUCAUGUGACCUUAUUAUUCAAAAUGUU